AUGCUCAAUACACGAGCGCAAUGUCUGCGCUAUGCGACUCGACAAUUACAGGCGACAUGCGAGAAACGGUCUCAAUAUUCGCGAGGGUUCGGACGAAGAUAUAUCUCAACUAAUAGUUCCCGAGCUUCCCAACGGCACUUCACGUCCCCGUUCUAUCUUCUAGUAGCUGCUGGUCUCGGAGCAGGGACCGUCCAUCUGGUAUCCGGACCGCUGAGCUUCCCGUCUGCGCACGCGGAAGCGGCGGAAAAGGAUGAGGAGCCUGUCCUCGAGUUUGAGAAGCCGAGACGGAAGGGACAAACAAAAGAGGAGACUCGGGACCUCCUGAGCUCGCAACAUGUUCAGGUUAAGAAGAGCUUGGAGAAUCCAGGAGUGUAUGCAUGGGGAUCCAACAGCGGUCACGUCACGGCUCCCGACUCCGACGAGAAGUUCAUCAAGACACCCCGACGCCUUUCGUUCUUUGACGGCAUGCUCCUGCGCGACCUGAAGCUCGACCGAACCUUUGGCGCCGCCAUCGACGAGAAUGGCGACCUGCUCCAAUGGGGCCAAGGCUUCUCGGAGCACCACGACCCCAUCAAGACGCUACGAGGCAAGAACCUUAAAUCCCUCGCCAUCUCCCGCGACCGCAUCGUCGCCCUCGGCACCAACGGUGCCGUCUACUCCAUCCCCAUCUCCGCCAAACUGCAAACGCCCACCGAACCCGGCUGGUUCAGCUGGCGCCGCACACCUUCCAUCGCCUACCGCCAACUCACUCCCCCUAACCUAGGCUGGACCGAAAAAUUCACCGCCAUUGCCUCCGGUCUCGACCACCUCCUCCUCCUCACCUCCUCCGGCCGCGUCUUCUCCGCCCCCACCUCCCCCACCACCUUCCCCAGCCGUGGCCAACUCGGCCUUUCCGGCCCACUCUCCCGCAUCUCCCAUCCCGACUCUACCUCCCAUUGCCACGAGCUUACCACCCUCCGCGGCUUCCCCAUCGCCCAAAUCGCCGCCGGCGACUACCACUCCCUCGUCCGUGACCGCGACGGCCGCGUCUUCUCCUUCGGCGACAACUCUCUCGGCCAACUCGGCCUCGACCUCCCCUCCACCACCGCCUCCUACAUCGAUGUGCCCUCACUCAUCCCCAUCCACCGCCUCUACACCAAUUCCACCCCCAAAGUUACCGCCAUCGCCGCCGGCGGCUCGAACAGCUACUUCGCCGUCGACGCCACUCCCACCGCCCCCUCCCCCACCGGCCACCGCGACACCGCUGGCGGUGUGAUCGCGGACACGUGGUCGUGUGGCAGCGGGAUCUACGGGACGUUAGGCAACGGGCGGUGGACGCACCUGCAGAGCGCGCCGACGAAGAUCCCGGCGCUGAGCGGACUGUACGAGUGGUCCGAGGCGGCGAACCAGAUCGUGCCGAUCCGGGUGGGGCGGGUGAGCGUGGGGAGUACGCACGUGGCGACGGUGAUGGGGAACGAGACGAGCAUGCGGGCGGGAGAGGCGAAGUGGGGGGCGGAUGUGCUGUUUUUUGGGGGCAAUGAGUUUUAUCAGCUAGGGACGGGAAAGAGGAAUAAUGUGGCGGCGCCAGUGUAUAUUGGGAGUUUGGAGGGAGAGGGGGAGGAGGGGGAAGAGAAUCGGUUGCAGCUCACGCCGAGGGCAAGGGUAAGGGUUGGAGGGAGGUGGGUGGAUGUGGAGCAGAGGGUGGAGUGCGGAAGGGGGGUGACGGCGGUGUAUUCUGGGGUGUGA